AAGAAGCAAUAGAAGAGAAUGGGGAUGAGGAACAUAAUGAUGGUGGUACUACUUUGUAUUUUAUUCUCAACGGCUUCCUGUGAGAUGCUGCAGGAUUUCAAAAACACGGAACUCGAUCCGGGACGUGUUACACAUCUUGAUUUUGAUAAUGUUUUAUCGAACAUUGAGAAAGUUAAGAAGAAUCAUGAUGCUGACACGACGAACUUGGAUCGUGACUCUGAAACGACAGUUAAUAAGGUUGACAUAGCAACUUCACAUCAAGAUCAUAAUAUUGUUCCGGACGGUAACCAUGGUGAAAAUGGCAAUGAACUUGACACUACUAUUUUCAAUGAGUUUGAAGAUCAUAUAGAAAGCACAGAUCUUGACCUUGAAAAUAGACAUGACGGGCAAAAUAAGAGAGAUGAGAAUAUUUACACUGAACAAAUUAACAAAGACGAUCUUCCUCAUCUUUCCACUAAAAUGGAUCCGGACAAGGUUAUGGAUACUUAUCCUGGGUUGUUUCACACAAAAGAAGAAAUUGAUUUCAUGAACGAGAAGACAAACGAGGACAACAUGCUCGCUGCUUUCCAGGAUCUUAAACUUGAAGAUAAUGACCGUGACAACUGCUGUCCAACAAAAACUCGGUACAAGCCUGUGCAGGGAAAUAGGACUAAUGUGCAAAAUACCUUGAAAAUGAUAGUUUAUCUUAACAAAAGAUAUCAAGUCAUCCCUGUUCCUGAUCCUUGCAAAAACGGGACUUGUGAUCAGUGUAAAUUGGAAAACGUCAUCAUUUGGCUUCUUGUGCAUUCGGACGUUGACGACGACUCCAAACUAAAAAUGAAGUUUGAUGCUUUUAGUGUACCAAUGUACUGUUCAUGUAAAAAGUUGAACUGUAUAAAACAGUGAUCCAUAUAUUUCAUUAUCCAUCGUCCUGACAUAAACACACGGAUCCGUACUUGUUAACUUAAUAUUUGUUUUGUCAGUUAGUACUGACAGAUUACAGACCGUGAUUGCCAUUUUGCAGAAAUGGCACGUGUCAUAUAAAAUAGCGAUGUAUAAGGGAAUUAACCAUAACAUUUGAGGUAAAAUUCUGAGAACAUAGACAGUUGUUAAUACAAGUAUACUAAAGAAGAACGACGGCUUUAAGGAUUGAAAAUCAUGAAAAAAAUUAAAGCAAUAACGACCAAAGUCACUGAGUAACAAGGAUUAAAUGUUUGUUUUUAUGAGUAGUUUGCUUAUAAAAUUAAUCUUGUGCUGGGGAAAAGGACGCUGCAUUGAUUUUUGAUAGGUCGUACAGUCAGAUCUUAGUAUAAAGGCUACUUAAUAGAGCUGAAAAGGAGACCAUUAUUGAGUAAAAUUAUAUGUAGGUUGAUAGACAACGAAUUGUGUAUCAUAGGGAACUUGAUAUAUGUGGUUCGUCUGUGUAGAUUGAUGUGUGUGAGUGAGUAACAAAGUAUUGAAAUGUUAUUUGAUAUAUGUAGUGUAUGUAUUUAUGUUUUGCAAAUGUAGUGGAUGGACGGGUACGUACCUUUUUCUGAAAGUUUUUUUUAUAUUUCUUUUCUUUUCAAAAGAGUGUUUUUUUUCAAUACAGUGACAAUGAUAGUUCAUACAUGUAUAAACUAAAUAAUAAUUUAUUUAAAAAAAUUGUCUUUCAUAUGAUUACAUAUCGUACAAUACAAAUUAUACAAAGAAUAUCUUUAUCGCUAACGAUUGCUUAAAGAGAGUUAUUGUGUCAUUUAAUAUGAUACUGUUAUAAGGAAAAAAGAGGUGAAAUGAAAGAACGGGAAGCUGAUAAUAGUACAGAAAAAGGACAGAGGAAAAGAAAAGAUAGAUAUCACAACAAGCAUGUCAUUGAAGGAAGUCAAGACUGAACCAGGUUAUAAUUUAGGUUAAAUCACAAAAUAGUUACUGAAUAAUUAGAAUUUUGAUAGAGGAAGAAGAAUUUUUUAUCAGUCUUAUUCAUGUCAGGUUACAGGCGAUAUCGAUUAUUUUGAUCCAUUUCUUUUAUCCAUUUACAACAAAAUUGUAGACAUUGGUCACCUUUACCAUAUGAAAUACAUUUUUGAACCACACAGUUUUCUUUUAUUACAUUUACUAGAGCCAUAACAGCAGGAGUUCCAUUUGUAGAUAUAGGAUUUGAUAAGAAGAACAAUCUCAUUGUCGAUACGAUUAUGAAUGCCUGUAUCAUGAACAUUUACCAUUCAACCAACAAUAUUUCUUAAUUAAUCGGUAAUGUGAUUUUUAGUGCUUCUAAUAGCCUUUCAAGACUUGCCAGAAACUUCCAAACAUCCUCACAUUUCCAGAACAAAUGCACAAUUGUCUCCCUUUCUCUAUCACAAAAAAUACAAUUAGUGUUGUUAGAUAAUCCUACUUUAUACUCAUAAGAGUAGAUUGUUAGAAUAUUAUGGUUAACCUGUAGCCAGCGGAAUUGAGAAUUUUUAGUUGUUUGAAAAGGAAUACUGCAUUUUGUACCAUUUCUCUUAAUUGUAGUUAAAGAUAUUUUCCCGUUUUUGCUGACCAUUUAUUAUGUUAACAUCAUUUUGGA